GAAAACCAAAACGAUGUUAGAUCUUUUGAGGCAAAAUCUUUCUUUAUUGACUACCUUUGCUAUUGUUAAUGCAUUUAAUGCAAUGGCCGCUCCAGUACCUGAUGAAAUGAAUCCCGAAUUGGUGAUCCGUGAUGCGUAA